AUGCCCAGCGACACGGACACGGAGCCCGGCCGCACCGAAGCCGACUCGCUCCUCGGGCGGACCGGCCACAACGUGAAGCGCUUCUUUGACGGCUUCAUCGACUUUGCUUUCCAGGGCAACAUUCUCGAGAUUGCCUUUGGGCUGAUCAUCGCCAACAUCUUCACCGACCUGGUCAAGUCGUUCGUCAGCGACGUCCUCAUGCCCCCGCUGUCGGUCGUCUUCCCCGUCAACAGGAACAUUGAGCAAAAGUUCGCGGUGCUGCGCCCCGGCCCCGGCAAGGGGCGCAACGCCACGGGGGGGUACAACACGCUCGCGCAGGCGCUCGACGACGGGGCCGUCGUCCUGGCCUACGGGGCGUUCGUGUACCAGCUCGUGUCGUUUGCCGCGGUCGGCGUGGCGCUGUACGGGCUGGCGCACGUGUACACCUGGGUGUCGCGCGACCCGGUGAUCAAGCACACCAAGAAGUGCGCGUACUGCCGGAAAAGGAUAAACGAGAAGUGUCUGCGCUGUAUGAAUUGCACGAGCUGGCAGGACGGGAGGGAAGACCGAGAUGGCUGA